AUGAGGGCGGCCAGAACGCAAAGCACCAUGAGAUACGAAGAUUCCCAAAUAUCCUUAUACCAAGACUUAUCAACGCUUACCCUCGAUGCCCGGAGAGCCCUGAAACCACUCACAAGCCUCAUGCAAGAGAAACGGAUACCGUACAGGUGGGGAUUCCCGUUUAGUCUGCAGGCCAAGGUGGACAACCAAUGGCAUGUGCUGAGAUGGCCUAACGACAUCCCCUGCUUCCUGCAGGCUGUGGGCCUCCCGACCAUACCUAUCCCAAAUUGGAUCCUGGACUGCCUACCAACCCGGCCUUACAGCCCCACCGUCCCCGCUGAAAAUCUCUCCGAUGACACAUCAGGGCCGCGCCAACGCCGGGGCGGACAAGAUGACCCUGAAGAAUAA